AUGUCAGUUUAUGACAAACCGUGCCCGCCUCCCAUUUCCCUGCACGCACAGGAUUCUGGAAACAGAUUAUUCCUACCGCCGUGUCGUGUGUGUGGGGACAAGGCGGCUGGGUUCCACUACGGUGUCAAUACUUGUGAAGCUUGUAAGGGAUUUUUCCACCGAAGCUUACGGCGUUACAAGGAUUACAAAUGCCGGGCCGGUCGUACUUCAGGUUACUGCGAGUACAAACCAGGCAAGAGAAAGUCGUGCCAGUACUGCAGGUAUCAGAGAUGUCUCAACGCGGGCAUGGCCAGGGAAGUUUUGAAAUGUCGACUAAAGAUUUCUAAAUUAUGUUCAACUAUAGAUGAGGGAGACAAAGAAAAAACAGUCGUCUUUUCACCGCACAACAGUUUGGCUUCUCUAAAACAUCAGAGCCCAGUCAUCACCACACAGAAUCAGCAAAAACAUUUCUCCAUGGAAGUGGAUUCUACAACCACUGAUGGUUUUGCAGGCUCUGUUUCAGAGAAUGAUCUCAUCUGUUCUAUCAGUGAUGCCUACAACACAAACGCUGCUGCCAGUUCCAAGUUUAUUUUUGAAAACUUAGGACACAACAGCAGUGACAGUACAAGCACUAACUUUUGUCAGAGCCGCCAAGCACCGUCAACAAAAUGUCUCGUGUUUUGUUCAAAUACAAAAUUAGGAAGUAACGUGAAACAAUCUUUUCUCGACCAAAAAAGGACAGAGCACAUGAUUUCAGUAACAAUUGACUACCCAAAUACGCCUGAGUCCCAGAGUGACAGAAGUAAUAGUUUCAGUCUUUUCUGUUCCUCAGAUUCUGAAGUAACACAUCAAGAGGACAGUAAAAUCUCUUGUCUGACAUCUCAAAACAUUUGUCAGGUUCUAAAUCCACUUCAGGAUAAUAGUAGAUCAGUUAUCCAUCAGUUGCUUUCAAAUGGAAAUAGUCAGCACAUUAAAGAACUUGCUAAAAAAUGUAUAAAUAAUGAAGUUAUGAUGUUUAGCAAUAAAUGUAAGAAUGCGAACAAUCAGUUGCAAAUAGAGGCAGACGCUUCAGUGCAGUCACCAGACUCUUCAGUUUUUGAAACAAAACUUCUUGGAACACAUUCCCACCCAGCAUCCGUUUCAUUAAUCAAAUCUUCAGACAAGGGCAAGGAUGUAACAUUUGACCUCUUCCCAGAUAUUUCAUAUUGUUUGGAUGGUCGUCCAGUAUCCAGCCCCAUAUCUAUCAUGUCGGAUGAGGUUGGGUCGGGUUCAGUUCUGACACCUUCUGGUCUGCUAUCUUCCCUGGCCUCACCAAGGGCUGACAACUCUACCAGUCCAGUUCCCAGCCCAGGGGCUGUGUUAUUCAACAUGGACAGUGGCAGGAAUCAGAGAGCGGAUGAAGAUUGCAGUGUGGAUCCUCUGUUGACGUCAGCUAGCCCACAAGAUAUGAACUCAGGAACACCCCUGUCGCCUUCUGGUUCUGACAAAGGUUUCUUUAAUGAGGCAUCUCCAACCUCAAAACUGACGAGCAGACUGUUCAGUGACAUGGACACAGUCACUAGCCUGUUAGUGGCUUCCCACAGAGAGAACAUUGGAGACUUCAGUUACUUGUCAAAGGAGGAGAUGUUUGCUCAACAGAAAGCCCAUUGUGUAAGCGAAAUACUUUGCCAUUUGAAGAUCACUUAUAUGAUGGAAAAAUGUGUAAGAGGACUGGUUCAUUUUGCGAAAGCUAUACCAGGUUUUUCAUUGCUGGAUAUGAACACACAGGUGGAACUUAUCAAAUUGGCCAGGUCAGAAGUAGCAAUUUUCACCAUCUACCCAACUGUGAACCUAGAACUGGGUGUUUCUCUUAGUUUGGGAGGAGAAAGUUGGGCUUGUCUGAAUGAUAUUAAAAAGUUGGGUUCCCAGCUGGCAAUAGAAGAUUACAUGAUUUUCUGUGAUAAACUGCAGAAGAUGGCUAUCAGUGAAGAGGAGGAGGUGCUGUUGAAAGCUGUUCUGGUCAUGUCUACAGACAGAGACAGCACAGUGAGAUCCCCAUUGGCAGAAGCAAUCAGAUGGCAGCUCAUUUUAUGCCUGAAAGCAUUAAGAGUAAAAACUACUUUUCUUUUUUUUACACCCAGAUACAUUUUGGCUUUGACCCAGUCGAGGACAGUUUCUGAAAAGUUCAAGGACUUCAUUAGAGAGUUGAAGAUGCACAAAUAUUCCAGCAUUGAACAGAACCCACUGAUGUGGGAGUUGUUCUCUGGCAUUCUACAGGAGAAGGAAGGAAAUGUCAACUUGA